AUGUUUUGUAAACCAUGGAAACCAAAGAAGAGUAAAGAGAGCACAGGACCUAUGAUCACACCAGAUAAACCGUCAAAGAAGAGCGGUAAUAACAAGGAAGAGCGAGAGAAACUCGGUUUAGGUGCAAAGCGAGGAUCAAGCAGCCAACCACUAGACCAACCAACAAGCGCGUUGCAGCAGUCGAGUAUGUUUGAUUUGCAGCAAGACGAUGGACUAUCAGAUUUAAGUGACAUUGUGGGUGUUCUUAAGGGCAUGGCCGUUGAGAUGGGAUCCGAGCUUGACAAGCAAAACAAUGCUCUUGAUCACCUCGACGACGAUAUUGAUGAGCUUCACUCUCGUGUUCAAGGCGCUAAUCAACGAGCACGUCACUUGCUUUCCAGAUAA